GGAAAAUUUAUAAAAAUGGAACCUGUUGGCUGUGUCCUUCAUAUCAAAUUCCCACUCUCCUCUGAGCUGCUUUUCAUUGUUGUUGUCCUGGUGCAUUUUCCAGCUAAGUUCACAGUGUUUGGACCCGAUGACCCUGUCACUGCCAUCCUGGGUCAGGAAAUUGUGUUACCCUGUCACCUGUCCCCGAGCAUGAGCGCUGCAAACAUGGAGGUGAGAUGGUUCCGAUCUCAGUUUGAAUCCUUUGUGCACCUGUAUCGUGAUGGGACGGAUCAAUAUGAAGGGCAGAUGCCAGAGUAUCAGGGAAGGACAGAGCUUUUGAAAGCCGGACUCACAGAUGGAAAUGUUCCCUUGAGAAUUAUCAAUAUCAGACGUGCUGAUGAAGGACUAUACCUCUGUUUUGUUCAAGAUGAUACUAUUUAUGGAGAAACUGUAUUGGAACUGCGGGUAGCAGGUCUGGGCUCUGCUCCUCUUAUCUCUGUGGAUGGUCACCAAGAUGGAGGGAUUCGGGUGGUUUGUCAAUCAGCUGGUUGGUACCCAGAACCUGAAGUGCUGUGGAAAGAUCUCAAUGGGCAACAUUUACCAUCACUCUCUGAAACAACAUCCCAAGGGGAUAAUGGUCUGUUUGAAACAGAAACUGCUCUCAUUGUAAAAGAACAUUCAAACCAAAACUUGUCUUGUUGCCUCAGGAACACCGUUCUCAAUCAAGAAAAGGAAUCAGCAGUUUAUAUAGCAGAUUCCUUUUUCCCGAGGGUAAAUCCCUGGAUGGUGGCUCUGAGUGUGAUCCUGGUGGUUUUGUUUGGUUUCAUUGGCCUCACUGUUUAUCUGUUUAAAAUGAAAGAGAAACUUACUGAAGAAGUUGGCAAACGAGAUAUAGAAAUUGAGAAACGAGAUAACGAGAUAAGGUGGAGAAGAUCCGUGGCACCUAUAGAAGAAGCGACGGUGACUCUGGAUCCAGACACGGCUUAUCCCCAACUCGUCCUGUCUGAGGAUCGGAAAACUGUGAGAUGGGGAGACACAUGGCAGGAUCUGCCCAACAACCCUGAGAGAUUUGACUCUUGGGCCUGUGUGCUGGGCUGUGAGGGAUUCACCUCGGGGAGACAUUGCUGGGAGGUGGAGGUGGAGGUGGGGGAUGGGCUAUCCUGGGCUGUGGGGGUGGCCAGAGAGUCUGUGGGGAGGAAGGGAGGGAUCAGCCUCAGCCCUGAGGAGGGGAUCUGGGCUGUGCAGCGGUUGGUGGGUCAGUUCCAGGCUCUCACCUCCCCUGCGACCCCCCUGCCCCUGAGCCGGGUCCCCAGCAGGAUCCGGGUUUGUCUGGACUGUGACCGGGGGCAGGUGACAUUUAUCGAUGCUGGUGACGAGGCCCCAAUCUUCACUUUCCCGCCGGGCUCCGUCCCUGGGGAGAGAAUCCGGCCCUGGCUCCGGGUGGUGGGGGGAUCCCGGCUCAGCCUGUGUCCCUGAGACACGCAGCAGAGGGAGGAACCAGAAAUCAGCCUCUCUAGCCUCUCACACUUCAGUCUCUAUGACCUUGGAGGACUCCUGUCUACCCAGCCCCUGGCUCCUCAUCUCUAUCACCUGUGGAAGCCCCUCCCCUUCCCUUCAGCCCCAGGGAUGGGAGGGGGAGGGGGAAGAACCCCUUGGGCUGCAGGAGGAGCAGAGGGACCCUGAGGGGCAGAGAUGGGGGCUGGGCAGGGGGCAGAACUAACAGCCGGGCUGGGGACAGGCAGACGUGGGGGUGGCAGGGACACAGAAUGAAUCAAUCAGAGUUUGGGGGGUUGGGGAUAAGCAACAGCUGGGAGCGUUUUGUACAGAUCUGUGGGAUUAGAUCUCACUAGGGUCUCCCAGCCAGAGCUCCUGCUACAGGGCCCUAAGUCACUUCAGGACAACUGGUAACACUGUAAUGGUCAAACACACACACAGGAUGGGGGAUGGGUAAGAGGUGCAGAUUGAUGGAAAAACCAUGUUACUGAAAGUGAGACUGUAUCUCAUUAAUUCUCUAUAUUAUUUCCUGGCCAUUGGUGCUAUUUUAAUGCCAUUAAGAAAACUGUUCUCAGUAGCUGGGGAAUCUCCUUGCAGUGCUGUGGUUAUUAAGGCUCCUUCUCGGCUCUGUUUACUUAGCACCUCUAGUUACUUACUGUAAAUAAAACAUUACAAACAAU